AUGAGCACAAUACCAUUGACACCAAUUGUUAAACUCGAUGGUCAUAAAGCACCUCCUGAUCAUUCAAUAUUGAUCUACCACAAUCGUGCUCAUGUAGUAGUAUACUAUAUAGAGGACAAUACUUGUCGUAUUUGGGAUCUUCGUUCUUCGCGUGUUGUAAAAGGAAUUCAGAAUCUGAAUAGUCCUGUCUCUAGCAUUUCAUUUGCUCCACAAUCAAGCUGUCCAUAUAUCUAUCUAUCUUCAGGAACAAAGGUGUACACCUUUGAUUUGAGAAACACAGAUAUGAUUUUGGCAGAACCUGCUCGUGAAUAUAAUUUUAGUGCAGAUGAGAUCAAUGCAAUCGAUGUCAACGAAAAAAAUACAUUUUUGGCAACGGCUGAUGAUGAUGUGGAUCUGUCAACCCACAAAAUUCACAAAUCAUUCUCCAAGAAGCAUAAUUCGAUUGCUAUGGCAGUCAAGUUUAGACCCAAGAAACCAUGGCAAGUCUGGUCUGGAGGUUUGGAUAGUAAAGUGUUUCAAUGGGACUUUUCGCGUGGCAUGAUCACAGAGACUUUUGAUAUGAAUCCCAGUGAACCUACUGCUGCACAGAUGUUCAAUCCUCCGUUUGUUUACUCUCUUGCGGUUUCCAAGGACGGCCAAAUUAUAGCAGCUGGUCUUGGAGACUCUACUGUUCAGUUAAUUUCUUGCAAUACAAAGAAAAGAUUAAAAAACGGCGUACCAACCAUUACCCGACUAGAAAAUGGCCACAAAUCAAUGGUUAAUAGUCUAACAUUCCUUCCAUCUACUCGAACCAAACUUGUGUCUGGAUCUGCAAACGGGUCACUUGCCCUUUGGGAGUGGUCAGAGUUGGAAGGAGAGCAAAGCCCUACCCUCGGACAAACAUUCCAAUUAGAUAAUGGGUUUGUUAAGCUGAACUGGGUCGAGUCCUUUGAUGUAGGAGAUGUCCGUCUGGCUGCGGCAGGCGUCGGAAAGGCAGAAGCGGGUGCCCUUGCAAUUUACUCUUUAGAAUAA